UAUGUGUAAAAGGUUGCUCCUAUUUCGAUGCGUUCCUAUUCCUUAGAGAUAACGCCGCUUCUGUACGUGUAGCCCAGUUUUUGACCCUAGAGUACGCAGUGGAAAUAGGCGAUUGUGUAUUCAAAUAUUGACUGUUUCUUCCGACCUUGUCCGAAAUGUUUCCGAACGGGUUGAUAAAGAGGUGGAGCCCUACAGAUGAGCGUUAGGUAGAUCUGUACCCUGCUCCCGUGAACUGAUGUGAUAAUGCUACACAACAGAUAAAUCAUCACUAUAGACGAUCCAUUAUGGACGACAGACAGGUACUGGUGAUGGUAUUACUGGGUGUUCUGGCAUUGUACUUCGGCAAUCGUAUUCUUACCGGAAGUGGACAUUCGUACCGGGAUCGGAUCCUUACACUGGCCAAACCAGACCGGGAUCUGGUCACUCAUACCAAGGAGUUCAAUGUACCGGAAGUUAUAAAGGUCACCGAAGAUGUGUAUGUGGCCGUCGGUUAUGCGCUCGCCAAUUCUAUCCUGCUUGAGGGUCCAAAUGGCUUGGUAGUAGUUGAUGUGACGGAAAGUACCGAGUCUGCCACUAAGAUAAUGGCAGCCUUUCGCAACAUCUCCGACAAACCAAUCAAAGCCAUCGUUUAUACACACAACCACGCUGACCACACAGUCGGAGCAUCGUCUUUUAUAGAGGACGUAAACAACCCUCCGGAUAUCUGGGCCCACAAGAAAAUCAUGCAAGAAAUGAAAAGGGCCUUUUCUACAGUAAAUGGCGCCACGUAUACCCGGGCUAUGAGACAGUUUGGAGUUUUGCUACCGGAAUCGGUAAACGCAGGAAUUGGAUUAAAAUUGACCUACGGUGGUUCCAGUGGUGGAAUGGGACUAGUCUAUCCUAACAAAUUCGUCUCCAAGGCUGUUACCGACGUAACAAUUGCAGGUAUCCCAGUACAGAUCAUACACAUUCCCGGGGAGACGGAUGAUCAGAUAGGAGUCUGGAUCGCAGACAGGAAAAUCUUUUUGUGUGCUGAUGAUGUGUACCGAGCUUUUCCGAAUUUGUACGCCAUUCGAGGAACCCCGUCACGUGAUCUCAUGCAAUGGGUGAACUCUCUUGACAUUAUGAUCGAGCUAGGCCCAGAGUACCUAAUACCGAGCCACACCCGGCCACUUCAGGGCAAGCGAUACAUCAGGGAGACCCUUACCGCCUACCGAGACGCCAUACAAUACGUCCAUGACCAGACAGUGCGCUACAUCAACCAGGGGCUGACAAAGGAGGAGAUCGUGGAGUUGGUCAAGCUGCCCCCACAUCUGGCCGCCCACCCCUUCCUUAGGGAGUUCUAUGGUACUGUAGCCUGGUCGGUGAAGGGUGUGUUCACAUCGUACAUUGGCUGGUUCAGUGGCGACGCAGUCGAACUCUCACCAUUCACACCAAAGACUAAAGCAGAGAAAAUGGUUCGGUUGGUCGGUGCCAAUAAACUAAUGGACGCGGCCAAGGCCGCUUAUAAAGAUAAAGACUACCAAUGGGCACUAGAACUAUCUUCGCACGUGCUUCUCACGAAUAGAGACAAUACGGAGGCACGUGACAUUAAGAUAGACUCUCUGUCGUCACUUGGUGCUCUACAAAAGAGCGCAAAUGGAAGAAAUUAUUAUUUGACCACUGCCUUCGAAGAAGCGUCAGAAAUUAAUAUCAAAAACCAGAAAAGUAAGCUUAGAGAAAAUGCAAUCAAAAUUAUUCCAGUUUCUCAAAUUAUUCAUGCUCUUCCCGUCCGAUUUAAACCGGAAGAAUGUUCUUCAAUGUCGGAGCAGCUUUACUUUGAAUUUACAGACACAAACCAACACGCUGUAGUUACCAUACGUAAUUCAAUCGCCAUUGUUACGGAAAGCCCUUCUAGUACGUAUGACGUCAAAGUGUCGCUGACAGAGGCUGUGUUCAAGGAAAUCAUAUCUAGUCGCACCAGGGCGUUAACGGCCUAUAGUGUCGGGGAGCUCGUGGUAGAAGGCGGGCUCAUGAAGUUCAGGAACAUCAUGGGCUGCUUUGAAAGAGACUAAUGCAAACUCAGGACCAAGAAUAACUAGCUAUUUCUGUUUUAUGUGAUGUAAGUUCGGUAGAAAUUCUAUUGGAAGAUUUUUUGAUAAGAAAUGGUGCCCAGUGAUCCCCUCUGAUUUGAGAAACUCAAAACUAGUGGUAGGAAAACUACUGCUUUUAUAUCAAUUUUCUAUUGUAAUUUACAUUCUUAAAUCAUAUAUGAAAUACUAAAAACCUUUGUGAUACGGAAACAAAGGACUACAACAGCUAUCUGGUGCUGUAAUCGGCAUUAAGAAUAUAAUGAGAAUAGAUAGUUCAUUGUGACUUUGAGAUGACAUAUCAAUCAAAUUACUGUUGUUGAGAAAUGGAAUUGCAUGUGUAUUUAAUAUUGUAUGUGUGUGAAAGUAUGUAUGAUAUUUUUUCAAUGAUAAUUACAAUAAACUGUGAUAAACAUUUUAAACAGCACAGGA